UGCCUUCCACAUCCUUAGCACAGCCUUAAAAUAGGGCUCGUAUGACCUUCUGUAUGAGUGUGGACAUACCACAGUUGCCUUAGAACUCUUUCUUUGCAUACUUCGAAGGGAGCUGUGACCCGCAACGAGCUUGCCUCGGGUUUAAGAAGUCAGCCUUGCUCUGCCUCUUCAGUGGAGAGCGCACCAAUAAUAUAAAACUAUGUGACAGAAGUGUGGAAAUAUGAGAAAGAGCCCCACCAGAAUGGACUGGGGGUGUAAUCUUAACUGACUGGCCUGUCCUGGGGAGGUUAUGGCGGAAAGCAGCAUGAAUGGAGAGCAGAGCUGUCAUGUGGAACAGUCAGACCCUGAGGCCUGCAGGGCCCAGGCAGCAGAAAGCCCCCCGUCUGAGACGGGAGCCCACCACAGCGACAGGAAAGGACAGAGGGUCCCGUCUUUGUCCAAAAGCUCCACCGCAGUGCUGUCCAGUGAGGCUGGCCUCAGCUGCCCAGAGCCAGGCCAGCUUCUUGAAAACCAUGACAGGGACCAGCCUGACACCUGUGAGCGGGAAAAUGGUUUUGAGGAAGAUGCACAUUCUGCAAAUGGGUUUUCAGAGGGACACCUGCUCGACAUCAUGUUCGAGGCAUGCGACACAAUGGGCAAAGGAGAGGUUCUGGCCUCCAGAGUUAUGCAGUACCUCCAGGACAUGACAGCCCAGACCCCUGACCAGGGCAAGCUGACCGCCCUGUACAACAUGCUGGACCCCAAUCAGCAGGAUCGAGCCGUGACCCGGGAGGCCUUCCACUCCACCAUGAGAGUGUGGAUCGCCCAGUGUUGCCAGACAAGAAGUGAACAAAUGGACCAUUCACUGAGCGUGCAAGAGGACUACUACUCGACGCAGGAAUCCCACCUCACCACAGCUCCUAUAAAUGGGAUUUUCUCAACUCUCGAGACUGAGACUGAUGCUGAGACUGAAGCCCAGGCUGGGACAGAGGCUCUGACCGAGGUGGAAUUUCCAGAGUGCGGAGAUGGGUGUUACUGCGAAUGGAAGGAUCUGUUAGGCACGGUGGCGGAGCUGAGGCACACGCAUCGGCAGCUGAGUGAGCAGAACGCGAACCUGCUGAGGAGCGUGGCACAGAGUGAGGACACUAACCUGCAGCUUACCCUAGAGAUCGCCGAGCUCAAGGCCAAGUUGGGCAGUGCGCAGCGUGCAGCAGUCAGAGCCAGGUCCCUGCUGGAGGAGCUGGACGAGGCCAGACGGGCCCUGAAAGAGAGCCAGGAGAAAUGGGCUCAGGCCCAGGCCAGGGUCUGCACGCUGACAAAAGAAAAUGAAAACUCAAAAGCUCAUAUCAAACUGAUUGAAGAUGCGCAGAAUGAAAAACUCUCCCAAGAGAGGACUUGUGCGGAAGGCCGUGUCGGCAAACUGAUGAGGAUGAAUGCUGAAAUAAGGGAAGAGCUUGAUGAAACGCUGGUCUUACUAGCUGAAAAAGAUAAUAGCAUCUCCAAGAAAACCACAUUCAUCAAUGAGCUAAAAAUCUCCCAUAUGGACAACCUGAGAAUAAUUGAGGGAAUGCAGCUGGAGUUGAUGCGGUUGCAGGAGAAUUCACAACAGGAACUCCUGAGUCUGUUAUGGACAGGUUUGACAGGUGUGCAGCUGGCCGUCAGAGUUCCCUCACAGGACAUCACCCUACCCCCCCUCAAAACCCAUCUCUGCAGUCUGAAAUCCAGGAGAUGCAGGAGAGAGAGAAUAUGGAGGGGGCGAACAGUCCGAUCUGCGGAAUCUUACCUCAGGACAUCCAGAAAGAGGACUUUCAGCAGGUUCUACACAAGAUCAAGUCCUUGGAGUUUGUCCCACUCUUCCACAGACAGCACAGCGAGACGGAUGCCCAUGUGGGCAGUGCUGUUCAUGUACUUGAGAAAGCCUUCCUCCAGUCCCAGCAACAGCAGGCAAGCACCAAGCAACAGCUUGCAAAUGUGUAUGGAGAGGGACCUGGCGCUGCAGACGACCCUGCGAGAGGAGGUGGAGGGGAGACUGGAGGAGGCAUUAAGGCAGGCCCAGGAGGCCAAAAAGAUGGCCACAGUCAACUGGUGGAGGGCCCUUAAGAUGGAGGAGGGCAGGACUAAAGCCCAAAAGGAGGCAUCUCAGGCCAACUACGCCUGUGACGAGACUGAAGAGAAGCUGCGACAGGCUGGGGCGACCAUCCAGGAGCUGCAGGACCAGGUUCGCCACCUGCAGGCAGCACUGAGAACUGCCUUGCAGCAAUGUGUGAACUCCGGUGAGCAGAGGGAUGCGGCCGUCUCCACAGAACCUGUGGAGGAGGCGGGUGGAUGUUUGGCGGCGGGGCUGGCCUGGGGGAGAGACCUGGAGGCAGAGAAAGCGAUGGACGCGUGGAGGAGGGUGGAGGCAACGGCGAGCCAGGUGGCAAAGGCCGCGGACUUGCUCCACCUGAGCAAGGGGAGGCUCCACCAGGCCCGGAAAAGAGUAGAGGCUGCCACCGAGAGGGUGGAACAGGCCCUGGGCAGGGCUGCCGAUGCCGAGGCCCAGCUCAACGAGCUGAAGGCCAAAAUCUCCAAAAAGCUAGAGCCCACAGAUCCCAGUCAGUCGACUGAUCUGGGAACAGAGGGUACAGUCUCCAGUCACAGCAGUACAGAGAGACCCACAAGCCCCACUGCACUGGAGUCAGUGAGCCAGUCAUCCCAGGCCCCUCCAAGUCACCCACCAAACAUCCCUUCAGGUGAGAUCAUUUGUCUGACUACAGGAAGAGGUGACAGCUGCGUUGAGGACGAUAGCACCUCUGGGACAUCUUGCCUUACUGACACGCCAACGCAAGCCCAGGUCCUGUCUGGCAGCAGCGAAUCACAGCCAAACAGCACAGACAAUGACAGCACAGGACCUCAUGUGUUAGCACCUGCAAGGACACAGACAGCGCUCUUGGAAACCUGGGCCCAGGACACCACCAACCCGGCACCAGGAAAGCAACACCUGGAGACACGCCCUGCGUCCGAUCAGAAGAAUGCUCCGGAGAGCCACACCCCCGAGCACACAACAGGGAAUCUGACUGGUCCAAGAUCAGAGGUUCCAGCCUGCAAUGACAGCUGUCAGUCAGAGCCAGUAGACGAUGGGAGGAGCCAGGCCGUGCUGACUGAGAACCCCACUGCUGCUGUGGUACUGACGGCAGAAGAAGACCCCAUUGAACAGUGUGCCACCCUAAGAGAGCGCGAUUUGCUGACUCAGGCAGGUAUCCCAACCCGGAGCCCCGCCCCUUUCAUUGCCACCCAGGCCAAAUCUGUCUUUCGUCGACCGCCCACCAUGCCCACCCUCCCUGAGGAAGAGGAAGACUCUCCUGAAGACCUCGACAGUGCCAACAGCUCACCUAUCACUCAGUGCACACCUGUUGGAAAUACAGCGGUAACCAUGGCAUUCCCUGCGCCGUCUAUUGUCUUCCCAAGACAAGAUGAUUUUGGCAACCAAGACCCCAGACCCCUUGAGCAGGCCAGGCCCCACAGCCCCAGGCCACGACUUUCCCGGAACACGUCCUCGGGGGGCCCCAUCACCACAGUCGACAGCACAGGUCAUGUGAUUGAUCUGGUGAAGGACCAGCUGCCUGACCUGAAGCUGACUGCAGAGGACAAACAGAAGAAUCUGGAACUCCUGGAGGAGGCAAAGCGAGUGAGCGACCGCUUCCUGUCCCGCCGGGGACGCCGGUCGACCAGCAGCCUAUCAGAGUCCCCCACGGGAGGCCUCUCCCCAAACCCAACCCCACUCUCUUCUCCUACCCCGUCCCGAAGCAGCUCCCUGACUGUGCCCCCUCAAACCACUGGUCUCUCGCCCAUCUCCACGCCUCACCCUUCUCCUGUACCAUCCAGAAGCAACUCUUUGACCGUGCCCCCUCAGAGUGCUCCGGAGGAACUGGGAGCAAAUUACAUCAGCCCACCAGCCAUUCAAGUAUGUUUGUCUGGACAGCUGGAAGACAACAGCCCACAGGACCAAGAGAGCCUGAGAAAACUGGCAGAAUGUAAGCCCAAUGAGAAACGCAAGGUGUCCUCUGGCACGCUGUCACCACGGCGCGUCGUACCGGCGGCUGCCAGAGAGGACACUGGGAAACCGCAGGAGAAAGGGAAAUGGGGCCUCGAGGCCCGGGAGGAGGAAGAGGGCCCGGGGCGGGGGACCCAAAGGAGGACUCCCGAUGACGAGGCCCCCGCCACGGGGGUGGCCAAGCCCGUGCCCCGCCCCGCCUCCCAGCAGGCCCCCUGCACAGCAGAGAUCAGGACCAUAGGUGCUUUCCCACCGCUCAUGAGAGCCGUGUCCUGGGACACCGUGGGCUCCUUCCCUCCCAGGAAUGGGGCGCAGGGUGCUCCCCCAAACAGUGAGGAGGCCCUCUCCUUCUUUGACAAAUCCAGCGAGUCCCUGUUCAAGUCCUCGGGGUACAAGGACUUCCCUGUGCAGCCGGUGAAGAUGCAGAAACUGGCCAAAAUGCGGGAGGUAAGCCCUGACGAGCACAAGCUGAUUCGAAACCAAAGCAUUGUGGGAUCAAAGCUACCGGACCUGAGCGAAACAUCUGAACAGGAAAGAGGGCCCUCUCCCUGUCCCCCUCUGGCAGCUCCUACGGAAGAAGAAGCCAAAGAAAAGUCAGACGUCAUGCCCAACAUUUCUGACAUAAUGCUUCGGAAACUCAAACUGCACAGAGCUGUUCCGGGCAGUAGUCCACCUCUCACGGAAAAAGAGAUUGAGAACGCGUUCGUGCAACUGUCUCUGGCCUUCCGGAACGACAACUACACCCUGGAGACUCGCAUGCGGCAGGCGGAGCGUGAGCGGAACCUCACCGAGGAGAACACGGAGAAAGAACUGGAAGAGUUCAAAGGCUUCCUUAAGGGCUCUGCGUCACUGUGGCAGACCUCAGACCAGCGCGAUUCCUUCCAGCGCCUCCUAGAGACGGUGGCGGUACUGCACCGCCUGGCCACCCGUCUCUCUAGCCGAGCAGAGAUGGUGGGAGCCGUGCGUCAGGAGAAACGUAUGAACAAGGCAACGGAGGUGAUGAUGCAGUAUGUGGAGAACCUGAAGAGGACCUAUGAGAAGGACCAUGCUGAGCUUAUGGAGUUUAAGAAGCUGGCCAAUCAGAACUCCAACCGUUGCUAUGGUGGAUCCAUGGACACCGGAGAUGACGGCGUCCCCCGCACAUCCAGAUCAAUGUCAGUGACCCUUGGAAAGGCCCUGCCUCGAAGGAGAGUCAGCGUCGCCGUGGUUCCCAAAUUCAAUCUCCUGAACAUCCCUGGCCAGAGCCCCCCUAGUGCCUCUGGGCCUCUUCUCCCUGUGCUGUGUGAGGCUAGCAGCGCAAAGGGCAGCACUUCCAUAGAACCUGCACAGCAGCCGCUGGCUGAGAAUGGAAAGAGUGCGGCUGACCAGGAGGGUGAAACAUCUACUCCGGCAAAACCUCCCUGUGGCCCUGCAGAGAUCAGCUCCGAAGUCAAGGCUAAGAUCGAGGAGGACGCCUACAAUAAAGGGUACCAAGAAGGACUGAAGAAAAGCAAGGAGCUACAGGAGCUGAAGGAGGCAGAGGAGAAAAUGGAGGAGAGCCAGGAGGAGCCAGGAGAAAAGGAAGAGAAGGAGGAGAGAGAGAGGAAUGAGGCCAAAGAAAAGACACACAACAGCAAGUAUGAAAAGCUACUUGAUGUCUUCGAGCGGCUGUGUCCGAAGCUCCUCAGACGACACAGGCUGCUCUGGAUCGCCAUGACCCUGUUUGCGGUCACGUUCUUUCUGGUCAGCGUUUUCACGUACUUUGGGGAUCGCGGUAGUGCACUAGGAGAUGUGUCCACAGGAAAGGCGAUGGGCCCGGCCAAAAAAAAAUUCUUCGGGUGGAACGUGAGACUUCAACCAAAAAACCCCACACCAGAAUAACAUGGAGCCCUGCCCCACUCCGUUUUUUUACACAUUGAGAACAGCAAAGACUCAUCCAAACACAACCAUGACCGUCUGCAACUCCUGCCCUGAAUAUAUGACUGAAUAUUAUAUGUUGCAGUGAAAACUUUGUGAUGUUUUUUUUACUGAAGUGCCAAAUUAUUUGAGAAGAGGAUCCCAUCCUUAUGUAUGAAAAUGAAAAUAUUCAUAUUUAAUUGGAUGAACACCGUGGUAAUUGCCUGUGCUUGCAUUUCUGCUCUUCCUAUGGGGUGAAGCUGUGGUCUUAUCAGGAAUUAUAAGAUGGGUGUAACAUAAAAUACAAUGUUAGACAAAUGUGCCUGUGCUCACAAAUCGGAGGUCAAUGUAUGUUUUCUCAGGUUCAGUAAGGAAAAACCCCAAGCAGUAAAUCACUGAUGUAUUUGAGGAGAUUUCUUUUUGUCUUUUGUUGAAGUAUUUUAUAUAUCAUAUUUAAGCAGAGACCUCGUUUGAAAGUAAUAUUGUUAGGAUAUUCCAACAUAGUUCAUAAAGUGCAAUAUUUUUUCUAGAUGGUACACCUUUUCUGUUUGUAUUUAUAUUUGGUUUGUUUUUCACAGCACUGAUCCCAUUAGUCCGGAGGGUUUUAUGAAUAAAAAAGUGCACUUUAAAAAAAAAAGAAAAGAAAAAAAAGAGCAUGAGUCCAUUUUCCUUUAAUCGUCUUAAACAUUUGCACGUGUGCUAACAUUGUACGGUGUCCUGUAGUGCCACGUUACUUGAGUCUGGAAAUAAAGACACUUCAAAAAUCCA